AUUUAUAAAUAGGUCUGAUUGGUCGAUGCUAUUCAAUACUCUUGGUAGUGUUGGGCAGAGAGUGCAUCGGAAUUAUAACAGCCAUGGCACCGAAGCCCAAUGAAUUUACAUCUUUUAAGGACGGUUUGAACGAUGCCAGUUCUGGAGAGAGGGUGGUCAUUUCGGGAAUGUCUGGAUUAUAUCCCGACUCCCAAAAUAUUAAGGACCUAUCUGAUAUUCUGUACAACAAGAUCAAUCCGGUAAGUGAUGAAAAUUCACGUUGGGUCUAUGAUCAUCCUGAGGUAGCCCAGUUUACUGGUAAGGUGCCAGGUCUGAAACUUUUCGACGCUCAGUUCUUCAAAGUGCACUUUCGUUUAGGAAGCAACAUGGACCCCAUGGGUCGUAAAAUCUUAGAACAAGCCUAUCAAGCUAUAUACGACGCGGGAAUGAGCCCAGAACAACUAUCGGGAAAAAAAGUCGGCGUGUAUGUGGGGAGUUGUUUUUCUGAGACCGAAAAGGCUUGUUUUUAUGUAGCAAGUACAAGAACUGGUUUCGGUAUCGCAGGAUGUAGUAAGACCAUGUUUGCGAAUCGAAUCUCUUACUGGUUGAACGCCAAAGGGCCUUCCAUGUCUGUUGACGAUGCCUGCUGCAGUUCGACUGUGGCUCUAGAGUUGGCCUACCAAGCCAUUAAUCGUGGUGAAUGCGAGGCCGCUAUUGUCGGAGGUUCCAAUCUAUGCUUACAUCCGCAGUCGUCAAUUCAUUACGGAAGAAUUAUGAAGCUCAGUAUGGAUGGAAAAACGAGAUCCUUCGACGCUAAUGCAUCUGGUUGUGCAAAAUCUGAAGCAGUUAACGUGCUAUUCCUUCAAAAGGCUAAAAAUGCUUUGCGAGUUUAUGCCGAACUUGUUCAUAUGAAGUGUGAAUACACAUCAAUUCUUGAAGGAGAAUCUGGUCCGAAGUAUGGGUUUUAUCGUGACCCUCUUAAUAUGGCUAACUUCAUUGAACAGUUCUAUAAGGAAGCUAAAGUUUCUCCGCUAGAAGUUGAAUAUGUCGAAGCUUUUGGAUCAGCUGUACCAGAAGUCGAUAAAACGGAAUUAGAAGCAAUAGAUAAUAUUUAUUGUAAGGGAAGAAAAGAACCACUUUUAGUUGGGAGUGUUAUGUCAAAUAUCGGAUACGGUGAAGCAGCUUCAGGCAUAUCAGCUGUAACCAAAGUUCUUCUGGCAUAUCAAAAUGGUAAAAUUGCUGCCAAUCUGAACUGUGAUUCACCUCGUAACGAUAUUGAGGCUCUGCGUGAUGGAAGGAUACGUAUUGUCACGGAGCAUCAGAGUUUUGGUCGUAAUUAUACAGCUAUAAAUGGUCUUUCGAUUACCGGAGUCAAUAGUCAUAUACUCUUAAGUGGUCAUUACAAACCAAAGGAUCUCUCUCGUUACAAAAGUGCUAUUCCUCGUCUGGUAACAAUAUCAGGCCGACAGGAGUCAUCCGUCGAAAAAGUGCUUAAGGAUUUAAAAUCGAGACCAGUAGAUCCAGAGCAGUUGGCACUUUUGUAUAACAUCCACCAAACACGAAUUACUGGACAUUUGGGAAGGGGUUACGCAAUACUAGAUACUGAUGAAAAUAAUCAAACUGUGUGUCUGGCUGAAAAGUCCAACUACUUCGACGACGUCAAAAGACCCCUUUGGUUUGUGUACAGUGGAAUGGGUUCUCAAUGGGCAGGAAUGGGAACUCAGCUUAUGAGGAUUCCAAUUUUCGCAGCGGCCAUUGAACGAUGCCAUCGUGUUUUGGAGCCCAAGGGUAUUGACAUUGUUCACAUCAUUACGUCGCCAGAUAAAACCAUAUUCGACAAUAUUCUUCAUUCUUUCGUUGGAAUAGCAGCUGUGCAAAUUGGUUUGACAGAUAUACUCCGAGAAUUGGGAAUAUUCCCGGAUAAAAUAAUAGGACAUAGUGUGGGUGAACUGGGAUGUGCGUAUGCAGAUGGAUGUUUUACAGCAGAAGAGAUGAUCCUGUCAGCUUAUUCCCGAGGUCUUGUCUCUGUGCAAACUCCAUUUAUUCGUGGUUCUAUGGCGGCCGUUGGCAUUGGAUACCAGCAGGUUUCAAAAAUGUGUCCACCGGAGAUUGAAGUUGCUUGUCAUAAUGGUCCAGACUCUAGCACGAUAUCAGGACCGGCUGAAAUAAUGAAAGAAUUUGUCGCCGAAUUAACAAAGAAGGAUAUUUUCGCGAAGGAGGUGCCAUGUUCUAAUAUUGCCUAUCACUCUCGAUACAUCGCAGAAGCAGGUCCCGGAUUACUGAAGUAUCUGAAGGAAGUGAUACCAAAUCCCAAACUCCGGAGUGAACGUUGGCUUUCAACGUCUGUACCUCAAGACAGAUGGGAAGAACCGAUUGCUAAAUAUUCUUCUGCAGAAUACCACACGAACAACCUGCUUAAUUCAGUCCUGUUUGAGGAAACAUCAAAGUUGAUCCCGAAAAAUGCAGUACUAAUUGAAAUUGCCCCGCAUGGUCUUCUACAAGCUAUUUUGAAAAGAUCAUUGGAUGAAAACUGUAGACACGUGCCACUUACACGAAGAGGCCAUCCUGAUAAUGCCAAAUUCUUAUUGGAUGCCAUUGGAAAGCUUUAUAUGGAAGGAUAUAACCCUAAAGUUGAAGCACUUUAUCCCAAGGUCGAAUUUCCCGUGUCUUCGGGAACACCAAUGCUUUCUCACCUAGUCGAUUGGGCCCACCAUGAAAGAUGGAAUGUGCCAUUGUAUGCCUCUGCACAUAGAAAAACUGCCGCCUCAUGUAAAUUUGUGUUAUCUAUCCACGAUGAUGCGCAUGCUUACUUAAAGGGAAAUGUUGUUAGAGGAAUAAAUGUUUAUCCAUUUUCUGCGGUUUUGGUAGCUGUAUGGGACACUUUAGCAAUGAUUAUGAAUGUUCCUAAAAGGCAAUUGUCGAUACAAUUCAAUAAUAUUCACUUCAAUACGCAACCUAUUCUUCAUGAUCAACGACAAUUACGAUUAAACGUAUCGAUACAGAGAGGAACAGGUCGAUUUGAGGUAUUUGAUGAGAAUAUUGAAGUCGCGACCGGUACCAUAACUGGUAAUUUAAAUAGUUAUUUCAAUCGACCUGAAGAUAUUAUUCCAGAAGAAAAAACAUGGUUGGAUUCGAAUGAUUUGUACAAAGAAUUAAAAACGAGAGGAUAUAGUUAUUCGGAUGAUUUCCGCAGUAUUCACAGCAGUAAUUUAUCUUUAAGUAGCGCUCAAUUGAUCUGGAAAGAUAACUGGGUUACGAUUAUUGAUAGUAUGAUGCAAAUAAACAUUUUGAAACGGUCACAUGACUAUAUCUCAUGCCCUAAUUUCAUCAGAAGCAUAGCUAUCGAUGUUGAAAAGCACGCGAAAACAGAGACGGUUGAAGUAGACGGCGUAACAGUUAUGAACGCGUCUAUUUCAGAAAAGCAAGAUUGGACGAGAUGUGGAGGAAUUUCGGUAGAGGAUAUACAAUUCAUCGAUAUACCUAAAAAUGAAAAAGAAAUAGACGUCAAGGCUUUGAAGUUUGUUCCCCAUAUCACCACCAAUAAAAUCGAUGAUGAUACUGCAUUAACUUGCUUUUUACAAUUGGCGGCUGAAAAUAUGAAUAAAGAGGUUUUACAAAUAGUGCAGAUUUCAGACAAUGCUAAUGAUUAUUAUCUUUUUGAAAAAAUUAAAUAUUUAGCAACUAAUAGCAUUACUGGGAUUAAGACUCAAUUUUGUUAUGUCACUCGUGAAAAACUUUUUGAAGAUCCGAAUAACUUUAUAUCCAACGCUGACUUACUUUUGAUAAAUAAUUUAUCAAAUGACGACAAAAUUUGUCAAAUUUUCUACCGACAUUUAAGACGUGAUACUUUCGUAAUCAGCAAAGAAAAUCAUCUAGAAGACAUGUCUAACCAAAGGCCAUCAGCUUUAUACCGAUCUGUUUGUUCGCAUGGAAUUGGUGAUGUUUCCUGGGAAUUAGUUCAUUGGAGACCAUCUGAAACGAAUGCUGGUACAAGUGCUCUAACAAUACUUUCGGAAUCUGACCUUCCAUCUCUUGUAUCGUCGCUGACAACUCUCCCACAGAAACAGAGAUUAGUAAUUCUGACUUCAUAUCCAGCGGUGUCAGGCUUAAAAAGUCUUAUUAAAGAAUGGAGACAGAAAAAUCGCUGUAUUAAUUUGAUCAUGAUUAAUCACAAAAUAGCUGGAGAUCAGUCUAUGGAUCAAAUUUCGUUUACAAAUUUGGCUGUAAACAUUUUAGAUCAUGGUAUUUGGGGAGGCGAGUACUUCUUGCCGUUGGAAGAAAAUACAAUUAAAGGCCGUGAUAUGUCGUUAGACAUCGCUCGAUUGGGUGAUCUUGAUUCCUUGCAUUGGGUUGAAGCUCCAGAGUUAGAUGAACAAGGAGUUAUUGUCAAGGUUCAUUAUGCUGGAGUGAAUGAUGUUGAUUUAAAAACAAAAAUGGGAGCGGUUGAAACUGUCAAAUCCAAGAAACUCGUAGAUUUUGAUUUCAGUGGUAAAACUGAAAGUGGAAUUUCCGUUAUGGGUGUCGCACAAGGAGAAUCUAUAACAACACGAGUGAAUGCAAGACCGGAAGCAUUGUGGCCAAUUCCAAGCCAUUGGAGUCUCGAGGAUGCUGCCACUGUGCCUUUGGCAUACCUUAUGGCGUUCUAUUGCCUUACAGUUAAAAGUGGUCUGAAAUAUGGAUGUACUAUUUUAGUACAUAGCGGGACUGGAGCCGUGGGGCAAGCGAUCAUAUCAAUAGCUUUGGCGUUUGGUUGCGAAGUUUUUACAACGGUUAAUGACAUCAGAAAGAAAAAGUUCUUACUCAAGCUUUUCCCAGCACUUAAAGCUGAUAACAUUGGAAGUUCACAAGACGUAAGUUUCUCUGAUAUGGUCCUGAAGGCAACUAAUGGUCAGGGUGUUAAUAUCGUUAUAAGCUGUGUUAAAGGUGAUCUGAAAAAUGCAUCGCUGAAAUGUUGUCAUUCGUCAGGAUCAGUGAUUGACACGUCUGUUUUACCAAACCAUGAAGAUUACAAUUUUGGGAUGAAGUUCUUAAUGAAAGGGUUAUCGUAUGUCACCCUUGAUCCGUCAAAUCUUUUUAAACCGGAAAAUCUUAACGAAUUAAAACGAAUUCAAUUAAUGAUGAGUGAAGGUAUCGCUCGUGGAUACGUCCGUCCAUUGUCUCGCGUGACAUUCUCACCACAAGAAGCUAGACGAGCUUACCGUCUUGUGGCUGGAAACCGUCACCGUGGUCGUGUCCUCCUCAAUCUGCAACAAGACAUUCCAUAUUUACAAACUAAAAUAAGCUGCUCACUUGAUCGAUACAACUUGGUGCUAUCGGAUGAUGAAGUGUUAGGAAUUCAAUUGGCACAAAGAUUAGUUUUGCGGGGUGCUAGAAAAAUUAUGUUACAUUUCACCAGCGAAUCAAACUAUGUAGUGCUUAAAAUCAGGUCCUUGGAGAUGCAGGACGUUCAAGUCAAAGUUUCAUACGGGGACUUGGAUAGAAGAGUUAUAACCAAAUUAAUUGAAGAAAACAAGUUCAACUCAGAAAUCGAAGGAAUAUAUUACAUUGCGUCAUCUGAAAUGGAUGGCAGAAAAAUAUUCAAUAAUUUGCAAAUUCUUAAUUCUAUGAACCAAAAUAUAUGUUCGCAACUAAAAUAUUUUGUAGUGCUAAGCAAAGAUUUAGAUGAUGAAAUAAUGACUGUCCCCUUACCUUCGGAGAAAUUAUUAAUAACUCGACUAACCGUUCCGAGGGCUCAUGAUGCUGAAAGAUUAAUAUCGCCAAUAGACACUGUAAAUGCUAUUGAAAUGGCUUUGUGUUCGAAGAGACGGUUUUUGAAAAGUUACAUACCUUGCAAAAAUGAACGGUCAUCUUUACUUGAAGAUAUAGCUCAUGUGACUGGUAUCACAAUACCCGAGAAUGUAAAUGGUCAACUAACUAUGAGAGACCUGGGUAUGGAUGUUUCCAAAACGGAAGCAGUUCGUAAUUACUUACGUUGUAACUUUUUCAGCACAAUGGAUAACGAACGUAUUUUAUCGCUCAGCGUUGAUAUGAUUCGCAAUUGGGAAAAUAGAAGCAAGGAAAAGACUCUUAAGGAAACUAAGGGUUUAAGCACAUUUUUCUCUUAUGUUGAUCACGAUGAACUUUUAGCAGUAACUGAGAUGGUGUUUCUACCAACACUUACAACGAGCUCCUCAAUUCGUGAGGACGAGUUUGACGUAAAACAGACGUAUCUGUGUGUAUUGCCGGGGGUCGAAUCUCACCAUGAAAAAUUCCGUACCAUGUGUGAGCGGUUCAAGCUACCUACGUUGGUAUUGCAACCUUCGUGUAAAGCGCAAGAAAGUAUACAGGAAAUGGCGCAGAGAUUAGUGAAGGAGCUAAUUAAUAAGACAAAAUUAACAAAACGUUUCUAUCUUCUGGGUUAUGAAAGCGGGGUCUUAGUUGCUCUCGAAAUGGCAGCUAUUUUGGAAGAACAAGGUCUAUUGGGUACAGUUUUCUGUAUCGGUGGAACACCUGACGAAAUUCAAGCAAGGUUUAAAAAAGAAUUAAGUCUUUACAAUACAGAAGAGGCUUUACAAUCGGAGGUCAUACGGCACAUGUUUUCAUUAAUGAAUAGUGAUAAUACAGAUGAGCUAGAGAUGGAAUUAAAAAAUAAGUUAACGUGGGAAGAGAAACUAACGGCUUCUCUUCAGAAGUUAUUGGGUCGUGUCCCUCACUCCAUUCAAUACGCAAAGGAGGUCAUUGAGGCUGCUUAUACAAGAUUAAACCAAGUACGAAGUUAUGUACCUAAUUUGAAAAAACUGAAGUCUAAAAUCGUAUUCAUGCGCCCUCGGGAAUCUUUAAAUAAUGGCCAAGGAAAGGAAUACUCCCAGAACACAGUUGUCGAGUAUGUGUUGGAAGCGCCUCUGGCCUAUGCUGUUCAAGAUCUUCGUUGCGCAGCUUAUGUUAAUCGUCACCUUGAUGAGGACAUUCUAACAGCUUUUGAAAAGAGGAAUCUCCUUGAGACUUAUAUUCUCAACGCUGACCAAUUUAUGACAGCCGCGCUUAACGACGACAUUAAUAUUUAAUAAUGAAAAGCUUAUUUAAAAAAUAAUAAAGGGAAUUUGGGAAUUCUUAA